AUGGAAUUUUUUUGGAAGACGUGGACAUGGAUUUUGAGCCUAGUCAUGGUUUCAUCGGAAUUUUACAGUGACAACAGGCUUUCAUAUAGUUCUCAAGAGGAAUUCCUGUCUUACCUUGAACACUACCAACUAACAAUCCCGGUAAGGGUUGAUCAAAAUGGAGCCUUCCUCAGCUUUACUGUGAAAAAUGCUAAACCCUCAAGGAGGAGGAGGAGCACAGACCCUUAUGACCAAGGACUGGCAGCAUCUAAAUUAUUUUUUAAACUUUCUGCCUAUGGCAAGCACUUUCAUUUAAACCUGACUCUCAACACAGAUUUGGUGUCCAGACAUUUUACAGUAGAAUAUUGGGGGAAAGAUGGACCACAAUGGAAGCACGAUUUUUUAGACCACUGUCAUUACACAGGAUAUUUGCAAGACCAACACAGUACAACUAAAGUGGCCUUAAGCAACUGCAAUGGUCUGCAUGGAGUCAUUGCUACAGAAGAUGAAGAGUAUUUUAUUGAGCCUUUAAGGAACAUAACAGAAGAUUCUAGUAACUUUAAUUAUGAGAAUGGUCAUCCUCAUGUUAUAUACAAAAAAUCUGCCAUGCACCAGCAGCAUCUCUACGAUCACAGUCACUGUGGAGUCUCAGACCUCACAGGAAGCAGUAAACCUUGGUGGAUGAGGGAUGCAUCUGCUUUUCCAGCUUCACCCUCAGUCAAUGACACGCUAAGUAGUCGUAGUCGGCAGAAGAGAUCAGUAAGCCUUGAACGGUUUGUGGAAACGCUGGUAGUAGCAGACAAAAUGAUGGUGGGAUACCAUGGUCGCAAAGACAUUGAGCACUACAUUUUGAGUGUAAUGAAUAUUGUUGCCAAACUUUAUCGUGAUUCCAGUCUAGGAAACGUUGUGAAUAUUAUAGUGACACGUUUAAUUGUCCUCACUGAAGACCAGCCAAACUUGGAGAUAAACCACCAUGCAGACAAGUCCCUCGAUAGCUUCUGUAAGUGGCAGAAAUCCAUUCUCUCACACCAAAGUGAUGGAAACACCAUUCCAGAAAAUGGGAUUGCCCACCAUGAUAAUGCGGUUCUUAUUACUAGAUACGAUAUCUGCACUUACAAAAACAAGCCUUGUGGAACACUGGGCUUGGCCUCUGUGGCUGGAAUGUGUGAGCCUGAAAGGAGCUGCAGCAUUAACGAAGACAUUGGCCUAGGUUCAGCUUUUACCAUUGCUCAUGAGAUUGGUCACAAUUUUGGUAUGAAUCAUGAUGGAAUUGGAAAUUCCUGUGGGACCAAAGGUCAUGAAGCAGCAAAGCUAAUGGCAGCUCACAUUACAGCAAACACCAACCCUUUCUCUUGGUCAGCCUGCAGUCGGGAUUACAUCACCAGUUUUUUAGAGUAA